ACACAAUUUCCCAACUCAUAUGGAAACGGGGUUUUUAAGAGCAUGCACUUGUGGUCUGUGUUAAUGGGUACAGGAUGAACUGUGUAUCCACGUUGCCUCAACGUCAGCCUUAAUGGAAGUUUUAUUCAAAGCGCUUGGCAACCAAAUGUGGUGUUGAUUCAAAUUUGACAAGAAAAUUGCCGUCGUCCACACUUCCGUUAUUUUCAUCCAUGCACUUCAUCGUUCUGCACGCCUGACAGGUGAGACCUUCAAGAACCAGCUUUUGCUUCUUUUCUGCACCGAUGUCUGUCAACGUGUCCUUCGGGGUGGAGGGCAUGCUUGCGUGCCUCAAGUUAGAUGGUUUUCGCCAUGUAAACAACUUGUUUUUCGCCACCACCCUUUUGGUUGUCCUCCCUCUUUCUCUGCGCGUCCUCCAUCUGGGUCUCCAGCGCGCCAUUUUCACAGCGACCACCUUUAGUCACUCCGACUGCUUUGUGCUCAACCUGGCUGCCAUGGAGCUGAUCGGAGUGGCUGCGUAUGUUCUCGCCAUCUACGGGAUCAACACAAGCGCUGACCAGCUGAUCCUUGCGGGAAUCAUAAUCCAGUCGUUCCCCUGGUACGGACAGAUGGUCGUUCCUGUGCUCACCUGUGUCGAUCGCUACAUGGCAGUGGUCCAUCCUCUCGCUUACCUGCGUCUCAAGCGGCAGCGGAGCCUCCGCCAGGUGAUCUUCUUCCUCGGGGUCACAAGCUUCUGUAGCCUCUCAGCUGUCAAGGUGCUUAAGCGACCGCGACCUGGCCAGGUGGUUAGAACCGUGGUGAACAAAACCAAGCGAAGAGCCGUCCGCAUCAUCCUUAUCAUUACAGGAGUUCUUAUCUCCAAGUAUGCAGGAAAUGUUCUAUUCAGUGGCAGCAGCAUGCUACUGCACAGCAGCGUUGCCUGCAAAAUUUUGGUGGCAGUCAAAGGAUUCGACCUUCCCAGCAGCUGCUUGCUCCCGCUCCUCUUCUUGCACAAGGCAGGGAAAUUGAAUGCUUGCAAACACCUUCAAAGGCUUUACAAACUUUGACCUGCUAACUGAGGAGGAGUGGGCGUGGACGGAGCCAGCA